CUCGUGUCGUUCAUAUUCUCGAUGAUACUGGUAGAAGAAAUCGUCGUCUGUACGCCAUUAUAGUCCAGUGACGCCAUCAAGUACUUUUCUGAACAUCUGUACCGGUUAAUCAUUGUUUAUUUUCUCAAAAAUUUAACCGUAACACGACUCAACAAAUGAGUGACAUUGAGCACAGUGGUAGUCGAAGUGCAAGUCCUAGAAGACCUCGGACUGCUGAUGGAGGUCUACGUGAUUCUCGGUCACGCUCCAGGUCGCGGAAGUCAAGAGAAAGGAAAGACCGACCAGUAAAAGAAUAUUCGAGGUCACGUAGCCGUUCAGUGUCACGUGGACGAAAACCAUACCGCAAUACCAAAUAUACAGGAGGCCGGAGUCGAAGUCGUAGCCGAUCCCCAUACAGAGGUGGUGAUGGACGUUACUCCCGCAGUCGUUCACGCUCUUAUUCCCGUUUUCGUUAUUCACGUGAACGAGACCGCAACAUUUAUCGAUCGCAUUCACGCAGCCCAAUGUCUUCACGACGACGACAUGUUGGCAAUAGAGAUAAUCCAUGUCCAUCACGCUGUUUAGGAGUAUUUGGAUUAUCGAUUUAUACAACAGAACUCCAAAUUCAUCAUAUUUUCUCUAAAUAUGGGCCAGUUGAACGAGUUGAAGUUGUUAUUGAUGCUAAGACGGGUCGAUCGAGAGGAUUUUGUUUUGUAUACUUCAAAUCAAGUGAAGAUGCUAAAGUAGCAAAAGAACAAUGUAAAGGGAUGGAAAUCGAUGGACGACGAAUCAGAGUGGAUUUUUCAAUUACUGAACGAGCUCAUACUCCAACACCUGGAAUUUAUAUGGGAAAACCAACAUAUUUACAUGACAGAGGAUGGAAUGGUCCACGACGCAGAGACUCGGGUUAUAGGAGCAGUUAUCGGCGAUCACCAAGCCCUUACUACAACCGUCGCAGACCUCGUUAUGAUCGUUCAAGAUCACGAUCUUAUUCACCACGUAAGUCUGAUCCUUCCAUGAUUCCUAAUUCACUAUAUCAUUCAUAGACAUACGGCCUAUAAGUUGGAAAUAUCUUCAAUAAUACUUCAAGCUUAUUAAAAACAUGUUAAUGAUUUUAUUUUAUUCUUCAAGUAAAUUUUUUUUACAGCACAUAGUCAUGUUUGUAUUAAGAUUUUAAGCUUCUCAUUAACAAGUAAAAUGAUUAUAUACGAUAUAAAUAUGGAUAGGCAGUAUGUCUAUGUUAUCCACGUAAAACCGUCCCAUUUAUGGUAACCACUUAAGAUGACAAGAAUGGGAGACUGGAUUUUGUGAAGAAAUGCGUCUAAGCGUUUGGCGAUAGCAACUAAGAGCGCCCUUACAAUAUGUACGGGUCAAAAAAUCAUAGUUUUUUUGUUGCUUAAUGAAUUUCAGGUCGAUAUUAAAGAGACUCGAGUAUCGAUGCGAGUGGGCCAGGUGUAUCGGAAGCCAUUUAUCUGACUUGAGCAUUUGACCCUCUUAUUUCUUCUAACUAUAACGGGAGAGGGUCAAAAGUAUAAAAGUUGCAUUAUUCUAUUCUUACCUAAUUGUUUAUGCUCGAUUAUUUAUAUUUUAAUUAUAACUCAAGCUUUUUGUUGCUUAUUUUAGUCACAUAACGAGCAAUUAUUAAGAAAUUAUGUGAUUAGGGUCAGAAUGAAUAGACAGAACCUUAUUUUCAUAAUUUAACAAUUGUUUAUAUUAAGUUAAACGGAAAUUAAUUUUAAUUAAAAUACAUGAAGAUAAGGUUUAAGCGAUAGUUAUUAUUAUAAUAAUUACUUGUAGUUUUAAGAUGAAUUAUAUAAAGUUUUGAUUUAUUAUUUAAUCAAUGAGCUAAUUACUAAUUGACACAAAAAUAAAUCAAUUGUAAAGAAAUGGGAGGGCUUUUUAUGCAUAAAGUGUGAUGUGAAUCAUUUUCAAAUAUCAUUAUUUGAGAAAAACAAGGAUAAUAUUAAUAAGAAUACUACAAUUGUAAAAGAGCGAAUGUAAGUUCUCUAACAUGUUUGUUUGUUUAUAAGGUUUUGAAUCAAGAGGUAUUGGAUGAUAGAGGGAAGUUUGAAGUUUUGCUGAAAAAAAGUUAUGAAAAAGAAAAUUGAAAAGAGAAAGUGGCCGAAGAAUGAUUUCAUGAAGAUAAUUCUCUUACUUGAAUUUCUCAAGAUCUCAAGGUUUAUUCGCGCUUGUGACAAAGAAUAUGAUCCAAUUCUGUUGACAUUAGCGAUCGUCGAACCUUGAAGAGUCUACGGGAGUGUGGUUUAACACACGAACAUCAAGAUAGAAGUCAAAAUCGUUAGGCAUCACGCUCCCCAGACCCACAAAGGAACUUUAUUUUUGUGUGAAGGGAACGGGGGCCGGGGGUGUCUCAAGCAAAAAACAUCUAAUGAAUAUUAUCAAGAAUUAUGUCAUCGCAAUUUUUCUUUCUUUAACUAAAAAAAUCUUCCAAGAUGCAUUGAUCAUAUUCUUUAUCCAUUUAUUUUCGAUUAUUACGAAUAAGUAAUUUUUCACAUUACAAUUAUCCAAUAAUAAAUUCAACAUAAAUUCUA